GAACGGACGGACGGAUAAAGUGGCCACAAUAGCGCAUUUUUUUAAAUUCUUGUGGAAAUGCGCUAAAAACUAAGCGAUUAUUGUAAAUUGAAUUGUCGUAGAAGACACAGCUAAAUAAUAGACAUGUAUUUUUGGUUUAUUUAAAUAGGUACCUCUCUAAGUAAAAUUACCACAUGCUUUGUUUUAAACUUUCCGAACCAUCUCCUCCUGAUCAAAUUAUUGUGUCAUUGAAAGAACUCAUAUCCAAACAACAGUUUGUGACCAUAUCCGGACGUGCAGCCGCUAGGAGCAGUUCGAUCGUUUGAAAGUGCGAGGGCGAUCGAUAGCGGGGCGUUACAGAAACUGUAAUUGUUUUGUCGCUCGAACAAUAGAUGGCGGCGUUACAAAUAAUUUCAGUUGUAAUUCGAAUGUUUUGCCUUUUAAUGGUUAGAUGUCAGGAUGGUUUUUUGUUUUAUCGAAAUAUGUUUGGAAUGAUCUAAAAAUAAAUCCCUUACACAGCGUAGCGUAAAUUUGUAAUGUAAUAAACACAUUGAAAAUUAAGUUUCAAGGUGUGUGGUUUCACAUUUUGACGAUUAGUCAGUUACAGUUACAUUCUAACGUGUUCUUGUUGAUUGUUGGAACUUUUAUUUUUGGUUAAGUGAUAUUAAUGGUGCAUUAUCAUAAACAGUAGGAUUUAGUGUUUAGUUGUUUUGUUGUCUUUAUAACUUACAAAUUCAAAUUUCAAUGGUGUGAUGUUAGGUUUAUGAAUCAAGCUCAGACUUAAGUUGGUGUUUAUAAUAAAUUAUUCGCCAAAGUAAAUUUUUGUGAAAUUAGAUUUGUGUAACUACCUAAAUGAUGUGAUAUUGGAACUUACACCAUUUUGGAUAAAGUAUUUAUUUUAUAUAACUGCAAGUUGCAUAUUUUCAUGUACUUAUUACAAAUGAUUAAAUAUAAUAUUUGAUCUGGCAAGUUCAAGUCCAGAUUUAAAUAGUGCUUCGUCGUUACUUACAUCUGAAAAAAAAAUGCCUGGAACGGCUUGCUACUACUUCAAUUGUAACAAGAAGAAAAGCGACUUUCCAUUUUUGCGAAUGUUUAGGAUUCCUGUAAAGGAUACCCAACAGACCAAGCAAUGGAUUAUAAACUGUGGAAGAAUCAACUUAUUCAUUAUGGAGCCAAAGCAAGUACACUCCAAGUACAUAUGUGAACAUCAUUUUGCAGUAGAAUCAUUUAUGGAUCCCCAACAUCGACACAGACUAAUGCCACAUGCUAUUCCACUUCAUUACAGCGAUUCAGUUUCAUCGGCAAGAAAAUCAGCCUCGGCCAAGCCCCUUUUGAAGGUUAGAACUCCUACGAAAGUGUAUCAGAAGAAAGACUCAUCCUUUUUAUCUACACCACCACACUGUUCUUCACCUGAAGGUGGAUCUUCAAACAACAUCGAAGAAGAUAUGCAAUCUGUGCGGACAAGUUGUAAAAGACCUCUUACAUAUGAAGACAUCCCUAAAGAAAAAAAACUAAAGACCCGCCUUGGUACCCCAACAAAUUAAUGAAAUAUAGACAGCAAAAAGUGGUGAGGAUGAAGACAAAAAUUAAAAAACUGCAACAUUCCUCUAAAUUACAGAUCGUAUUAAACAAUUUGAAUUUUUCAAACAAAAAUUAUGGCCAAAAUGCAGUUUAAAACGAAGUGUUUGCAAGAAA